AUGUCUCCCCUCUACUCAAUAUCAUCACAACACUUAGCAACUUCAACUCCUCCACACAGCUUCAACAACCACUCUCAUCGAUCUUCGAUGCCAUCACUUCUCCAUGUCGCAGUUGCCGUUGUCCUGACUCCCGAUGUCCACGCCUUUUCCGUGACCAAUUGCGUCACGGGAGCUUAUCAUAACUAUCGCGAGGCCGGAAACAACAAUUGCCAAAACUUCAACACUGGCAACAGUGUUGCAUACGACAGCAACAAGGGAUUGAAACUCACUGUUUACCGAGCCACCAACUGCCAGAGCACCUCUUUCACCACCACCAAGCAGAACAGCUGCCAGGGCUUCGGUUUCAGCGGACAGUCUGUCAGGGCCAACUAA